GAUGCCAUAUUGGAAUCGGGCGCAGGGAGCGAUCGGCUCCGCGCAGCGCAGCGCAACGCGGGGGCUCGGGAAAAAAAGGGGAAAACACCCCUAAAAAAGCCAAACUCACCCAGGUACUCCCUGCUGCAGGAUGAAUUAGGAAGGCAAGGCCUUUCCUCGUGAACCAUGGAGACAAGGUCGUCAUUCAUCGCUACCAUGCAAGAGACGCAACAUCUCUCCCCAGAGAAGGGUCAGAGCCCGGCCAAUGGCAACAGGGAGCAGUUUGAUUCAGAUGAGGGCUCCAGCAUUGAGGAUGCAGACUUCAACUGGGACGAGUACCUGGAGGAAACAGGAGCCAGCGCAGCUCCCCACACCUCCUUCAAACAUGUUGAAAUCAGCCUUCAAAGCAGUUUCCAACCAGGGAUGAAAUUGGAAGUGGCCAACAAAAGCAAUCCGGACACAUAUUGGGUAGCUACGAUCAUUACAACAUGUGGACAGCUCUUACUGCUUCGUUACUGUGGCUAUGGAGAUGACCGCAGGGCGGAUUUCUGGUGUGACGUGAUGACAGCAGAUCUUCACCCCGUUGGCUGGUGUACACAGAAUAACAAGGUCCUGAUGCCUCCAGAUGCAAUCAAAGAGAAAUACACGGACUGGACGGAGUUUCUCAUACAUGAUUUGACUGGCGCCCGGACUGCACCUGCAAAUUUACUGGAAGGCCCUCUGCGAGGAAAAAACCCUGUAGACCUCAUUACAGUUGAUUCCUUAAUAGAGCUGCAGGAUUCCCAGAAUCCCUUUCAGUACUGGAUAGUUAGUGUGGUUGAAAAUGUUGGAGGAAGAUUACGCCUUCGCUAUGUGGGAUUGGAGGAGACUGAAUCCUAUGACCAGUGGUUGUUUUACUUGGAUUGCAGACUUCGACCAGUCGGUUGGUGUCAAGAGAAUAAAUACAGAAUGGACCCACCUGCAGAUAUCUAUUCUCUGAAGACUAUAUCUGAGUGGAAAAGCGCUCUGGAAAAAUCCCUUAAUGAUGCAGCAAAUUUUCCUCUUCCAAUGGAAGUAUUCAAGGACCAUGCUGAUUUGCGAAACCACUUCUUCACUGUGGGCAUGAAGCUGGAGGCAGUGAAUACGAGGGAACCAUUUCAUAUCUGUCCUGCAUCAGUGACGAAGGUUUUUAACAAUCAUUAUUUACAAGUGACCAUUGAUGACUUGAGACAUGAACCCAGCAAAAUCUCAAUGCUUUGCCAUGCGGAUUCCUUAGGGAUCUUGCCAAUACAGUGGUGCCUUAAAAACGGAGUCAAUCUCACACCUCCCAAGGGUUACUCUGGCCAGGACUUUGACUGGGCAGACUACCAGAAGCAGUGUGGAGCGGAGGCAGCGCCUCAUGUGUGCUUUAGAAAUACGUCCUUCAGCCGUGGCUUUACUAAGAACAUGAAGCUGGAGGCAGUGAACCCGAAGAACCCUGCAGAGAUAUGCGUUGCUUCUAUCACCUCAGUAAAAGGGCGGUUAAUGUGGAUUCACCUUGAAGGUUCACAGAUGCCCUCUCCAGAGUACAUAGUUGAUGUAGAGUCCACGGACAUUUUCCCUGUUGGCUGGUGUGAAGCAAAUGGUUAUAACCUAACUCCACCACACAAAGCUGUUUUGCGAAGGAAGAGAAGAAUUGCAGUUGUGCAACCAGAAAAGCAGUUACCAUCCGCAGUGCCUGUUGAGAAAAUACCUCAUGACCUCUGCUCAGUUCCUCAGCCAGACACAACAGGUACCAUCAAUGGGAGAUACUGCUGCCCCCAGCUCUACAUCAACCACCGCUGCUUCUCAGGUCCAUAUUUAAACAAAGGCAGAAUAGCAGAGCUACCUCAGUCUGUCGGGCCUGGCAAGUGCGUGCUCGUCCUCAAAGAGGUUCUCAGCAUGGUAAUCAAUGCAGCUUACAAGCCAGGGAGUGUUUUAAGAGAAUUGCAGCUAGUGGAAGACCCUCAGUGGAAUUUCCAAGAGGAAACACUUAAAGCAAAAUACAGAGGGAAGACAUACAGGGCAACUGUUAAGAUUGUGCGGACAUCGGAUCAGGUAGCAGAUUUCUGCAGAAGAGUCUGCGCAAAGUUGGAGUGCUGCCCCAACUUGUUCAGUCCUGUGCUCGUGGCUGAAGUCUGCCCAGAGAACUGCUCCAUUCAUACUAAAACCAAGUACACUUAUUAUUAUGGGAAGAGGAAAAAAAUCAUUAAGCCACCAAUUGGGGAAAACAACAACAUCAAAAGUGGACAUGUUAAGCCAGCCAGGCGCAGAAAAAGGCGGAAAUCCAUCUUUGUGCAGAAGAAAAGGAGGUCAUCAGCUGUCGAUUUGAAUGCUGCCGGCUCUGCAGAGGAGAGUGAAGAUGACGAGCCAGACGCAAUGGAGGAUGAAACAGGAAGCGAAGAAACCAGCUCAGAACUCCGGGAUGACCAGACAGAUACCUCCUCUGCUGAGGUCCCCUCCACCAGACCUCGGCGAGCAGUCACCUUGCGGAGCAGCACUGAAUUGGACAGACCUCCUCCCACAGAGAGAGCCCGACGAAGCCGAAGACCUCAGCCCCAUUCCUACAACGAAGUGGAGAAGUGCACACAAGUCAAAGAAGAAAUAAAGCAAGAAGAGGAAGAGAAGCUCAUCCUUGACAGUAAUCCAUUGGAGUGGACUGUGACUGAUGUCGUGAGGUUUAUUAAACUGACUGACUGUGCACCCCUGGCCAAGAUAUUUCAGGAGCAGGACAUUGAUGGCCAAGCCCUUCUGUUGCUGACUCUGCCCACGGUGCAAGAAUGCAUGGAGCUGAAGCUUGGUCCAGCCAUUAAACUGUGUCACCAGAUUGAGCGAGUAAAAGUUGCUUUCUAUGCACAAUACGCCAACUGACUGCACUUAUCCUUUCUGUUGUCCUUCUUGUUCCCUCUGUUUUUUAAUAUUUCAGCUUCUUCAAAGGUUUUUUUCCCUAUCUCUUUUCUUUUCCAAGAACACAUUGGAUUGGAAGUACUGGGAAUUAAUCUUUAGGGAAGAAGAAAAAAACUGUAACAGAAAACUAGCAGCAAAUUGAACUAAUUUUUCUGUACUUGUAAAGCACACCGAAAGACUGCUGGCAUCUCUCCUCGUGAGCCUUGCCAACCUGUUAUGCAGUGGUGCAAGGCCAGCACGGAUCAGAUGGUUUGUUGUUUGUUAAAGCUGCCGAUGGCAGAUACAUUCCCAAGGAGAAAGGUCAGACAUUUCCAGAUGUUGAUUGUUUGUAAAGGCCAGUUUCUGGACAUGAAUAUUUCUUUAAGCCAACUCUGACACACUCCUUUCAUAUUGAAAUGUAAGUUAUUAUUUGUAGCAUUACCUGAGCUUUACUGCUGAUUUGAUCUUAGUGAUCAAUGGGCUUUUUUCUCCCGCCUCUCCAGUCUUGCAAAAGGAAGAAAAUGUUAUACCAGUCAUAUGCUGUUUCUUACUUCUGAGUGAUUUCUGAAGGAGGACUCAACCCGUGGUCUCUGUAUGGUAUCGAAGCUGCAACGAACUGACAGGAGUGCAACAAGACCUGAUGUGCCAUAAUAUGUCCUGAGAUUCACUGCCUCUGCUCAAUAACCUGAAAGUCUCUGUGAUGGGGUCUCUACAGUUGGCAUUCUCAUACAAGAAUAUGCAUGAAAGCUUUCAUAGUCAAGCCUAUCCUCUUAAAGCCAGGUCACUUGAGCCUCACAGGGUGCAAAAAGAAAGGCUAUUCAGAUUUAGUGAUGAGACUGUUGAGUGAAUGCUGGUUUCGUUUGCAUCUUGGUGAAUCUGGUUGCUAGGUGGGAAUAAAAAGCAUCAAUCUUUUCAGGCUGCAUACGCCAUGGUGCUUAAGACCAGCUGAGGAUCUGGCCUGUUGUCUCUACAAAGCUCCGAGACUCUCCCAGUGCCACUCUGGCUAGUGUAACUGGUUCUUUGCUUCAUGCCAAGCCGGGUAAGCACCAGAGAUCGUGAAGAAAUUGAUUGGACCCCUUGGGUUUGCCUUAGUUGUUUAUAGGAAAAAUAUUUCCCAUUUACUUUGCAGGGAUAUAUGACCCCAUUAGUCCCGUGUGUUGAGCCUGAAUUUGCUGUAACUCAGAGGCUGGCGGCAUCACAGUGAUGUAAAAUUCUCCCCAAAGCAUUUUGCUAUAAUUUCAAAGUGCAAGUGAGUCUCUUCCUCAAAAACUGAAUUAGAUGGUUUGUGUUGAGUUUAAGCUGGAUUUCAUCGGAAACCACUGACUUCAGCACACUUCGGUUCUCAAACCAUAAACAGAGCCCUGUUCCCUGGCCUUGGGGAACUCAGCUUGGAAAUUCUGCGCAUCUCUGUUACAGAGCUGUGAUGUCAAAGCCCACUCAGUGAAGACUUCUUCAAAAAAGAAUUUCUAGCCCUAAAUCUGAAACCAGUUAUGGCCAGAUAACCACCACCUCAAGCACAUACCGUAUGAUGACAGCAAACUUGGGUCAGAUAACUCUGUUGACCACCAUGUACUCAGAAGAACCAGGUGACUAACACCAGGCUAUAGCUGCUGCUUUCUCCUUCAUCAGUUUUCUCCUUCAGUUCCUUCGAUUAAAGGGGAAAAGCCUCAGAAAUAAAUAGUGUGGAUUACAUCCGAAUCUGCCCUACAGCAUAUGUUAGCCGAGAAGCAUCAACUCCAUUUGUCAUGCAUCACUGGGAGAUAUCUACUCUGGCUUUCAGUGAGUUUCCUUGAGGAUUGUGGUGGGUGCAACUGCUGCAGCUUGGGCCAGAUCCUGCCUGCUCCUGAGACUUCAUCAAAAAUUUUCUCACGUGAGAGGUCAGCAGGACUGAAUCUGUUCUCAGAUGUUGUGUUGUACUGAAGAUCUUGUUGUUGUUCAAGUUUUAAUUGACUGAGGGGAAAAGUAGACACUUCUGCAUCAAAUGGUUUUCUUUUGUUUUUCAGAAGUCCAGGAAUGAGGUUUUGUAGUAGUGUACACAUUCAAAAACUGGGUUAUAGAUUGUAAUUUCUACUGACAGUAGCAGUGGACUGUGACCAUGCAACUCGUUUGAUAACUACUUCAGAUCCCUCAUUGAGUCCGCUAAAAUGUUGCUCCUUGUUUUGUCUCUGAAGACAAAAGGAUUGUGCCCAUCAAAAUGAGAGCACAGCUGAGAAAACCAGGGAGGGCACUUCUCCCAGCUCCUUCAUACUUCAGCCCGGUCCCUCCAAUGGCUGGUAUAACAUUUGUCAGCAGGAGAUAGCUCCCGAAAGACUGCCAUGAGGAGAACUGGCAUAUGAGGACAUUUCGAGGAAGGGAAGCUUUUUGCUAAACAGCAUCCCAGCAGUGAUCCUUUACUUACCACGUCCACCUUCUGAGCAUCCUCUGGUGCUCUGGUGUUCUUGGAGUUUCUGGCCACUGGGAUUUCUCAGAGACAUUUAAUGCGUCCGGAGACACGUUGCAAAAGUGUCAUUGUUUUCUCUCUCAGCCUUGUAACUGUAGAUAUUCCUAUGGCAGCUAACUAUUCAUGGAGGCACAGUCAGGGAGCAGCCAGCUGCAGACUCUUGAGAGCAGCCGUGUCUGAUGUUGGCCAAGCAGGGCAUGGGUGAAGCAUUGAGCCCAGCAUAUGGGAGUCUUUACUGAUUGUUCAGGGAAGUUAAAUCAUAUUUAAAACUCACCUAUUAAAAAAAAAAAAGAGUUUUAAUUGUAUCUUGCGCUGGCUCUUUUAUUUCCUCAGGUUCCUCUAUCCUCACCCUUUGUCUUUCAAUUUAUUGUUCUUUGGUAUCGUCUCAUUUAUCACACUCUGCCCUUUUGGAGAAGAUAAUAACCUGUGAUCUUUAUGCUAAAAUUUCUUUGGGUGGUAAAUGCUUUAUUAUUAUGUACCGUUUAAUCUGCAAGCUGGGAAAAAAUAGAGAAUUGGGCUACUGUUGUCUGUUGCACUGAUUGCCUUCCAGAGAAGCUGGAGCUGGACUUCUUAAGACAAUUUAUUAAGCAAGUGGAAAAUGGAUGGUGUGUGCUUUAACUGGACAGUACACUUGAAUUGUCACUUACAGCUUGAGCAGAGAUCAGAAGGAAAUUCGUGCUCUUGUCUGGACUUCAUUUCAAUUGUGGAAUAUUAGCAAGGCUUUGUAGUAAUGUACUUCAAAGGAGAUGUUGGAAACCUGAUCUUGGUAGGGUAAAAUAUCACUUUACUUUGCAAUGUAGAAGCAUAAGCCACUGGAUUUUUUUUUUUUUGGUCGAGCCCUGGUUACAAGUUAAAUUGAUGACAUUUGUCAAGCCACAUCAUCUCCCCUCCCUGUUCUGAAUUUGGGAUCCAGGCAUGAAGUUUAUUGUGUUACCAGCUACAAAAGGCCACCACUGUGAAGUGCUGAACUCAUGAUUAUACAAGACCGUUACCAAGGGCCAGGGAGCAACCUUGCAGUUGCUUUUAGGCUGUUGGAUGCUGAACUUCAGCACGUGAAUGCAGUCCACUUUGCUCCCAUGAGAAAGGGGUGCAGACACCUGUUAUUGGCUUCUUUUCAAGAAUAAGCCAAAGGAUGGGCAUUGCUGGAGCAAAAGUAGGAGGUUGAAGAGUAUGUGGUGUUCUUUUUAGUUUCAGAGCUCUUCUUCCAUUUCCAGCUUGAAAACACAGCUGUCACCCACUUUCCUGUUUUGUUCUCAAUGCUAGAAUGAUCGAACCCUGGCCUUUUCUACCUCUCAGAAGCUCAGUGGCUUCUCAGCUCUGACAAGGAUUUCAGGGUCCAAUGUAUUAACCAUAUGCAGUAGCCUUUGAUAGUCUGGUCCUGCAGGGUGCAAAAAAACCUCCUAGAAAUUCUGUGUGCCCUCAGUAACCAGUAAAAUCAGGGCAAAUGGUUACACACCCUGUCCUUAUUGAAACAUCUAACAGAUGCGUGUCCCAGUUGAGAUGGCCUGACCCAGUCCAACAAUGGUAUUUGAACGUCUGCUAGGGUUUACAGAGUUUCUCAGUAAAUCAGGCACCCAAAAUCCAUUCCUAUUUCACUCUGGGUAAAGAGCUAAUUUGCCUUAAGCUAGAAAGACACCAUUCCUUGGCUUUAACCUUCAACUUUUUUCAGUCACCGGUUGUGUGGUGUGGCGCAAACACUGUGGAGCUGUUUGAAGGCAAAUCAAGACACGUUUGGGCUGCCAUAAUCAACGUUUACUCACCUGAAAAGCCUGAUUGGUCUUUUCCGGGUACAAAACUGAAUUAGGCAGGACUACAGUGCCAUCGUAGUGUUUUAGAAGCUCAGUACCACCAAGGCACUUCAAGUACUUUUUGCUUUUCUGGUGCAGUGUAUCUGCAAAACGAUGAAUUUGGAUUGUUCCUCCUGUUUUCAAGUUCAAGUGCCAAAAGAGAAGAACGUGCUGUAACUGAACACCAUUAAAACCAGCUUUAUUACAUGUGGAUAAAUACAGUCUCAAGGGCUCCAUUUUGGUGCUAAUAUAUGUCACGCUGUACUUUCCAUUGCUGGGGAUUACAAAACUGAUUCUGUACACCAGGAAAUAUUUUCUGUAAUUAGCAAUGUCUUGAGCAUUAAGGUUUUAUUUCUUCUUGUGGCUGUAGAUUUUUUAACUCAGAAACACCCAACUAAUACGAUCUCCUCAAAUCAGGUGAGUUUCAGAGAAAUUUUAUGCAGUAUAUUUAUGAAAAACUUUCAAAAUGUGGGGGUGUGUAUAUUUUUCCCUCAAAAAUACUGUUCAUCACAUCAACUGACCUAGAACUAAGGGAGUCUGUUACUCAGAAUUUGAUCCAGAAGUAACUGAAGUUAGUGGAGAGGCCCUUGUCUUCACUAAAUUCUUUCACAUAGAAGUCAGAAAGUGUGCAGUUAUUUAACAUAAAAUUCAAAUCCGUCCUUCUCCUAGCAGGCAGAAAUGCAGCUGAAAUUUGAAAGAUUUAACAAGAGAGGGCUCGUGUCGUUAGAUGCUCAUGAACUCCGAAAAAAAGGAGCAGAAGCAGUUAAUAUUCUUAUUUAUUCCUUGAUACAAUACUCCAGUAAAAAGUGGAAAUUAUCAAAAUGGCUGCAUUUAGAAUACAAGGCAGUCAUCAAAGAUGAGUGUUUUACAGCCCAGUAGCCUUUUAAAUGUUAACCAUCCUGCAGAAGAGGAGUGAAUUUACAAUGGUUUGGUGCCAUGAACUGAAAUUCUUUUGCAGAGGAAGACACAUGAACUGUACAAAACCAACAUGAGCCAUAGUUUUACGUACUCCUCAUCUUUCUCUUGUUUUAUUCUUUCAUUGGAAUUCUUACCUUGUAAAAGGUCGCAUGUUCUUGUGAUUUUAAACUCCAGCCUCUGUAAUGGGCCCGUGGCACAGCAUACCAGCAAAAUGCUUUUUUAUCCAUCAUGGGGGUUGGAACUAGAUGAUCUUGAAGGUCCCUUCCAACCCUAACUAUUCUAUGAUUCUAUGAUUCUGUGAUGCUGCAGAUGAGUGUUUUUUGUUGACAAGUAGUUAGGUCAGGUAAGCAAAGAGGUCUUGCUUCAACAGCUUGUUAGAAGAGUCGUCUGUGCAGCCUAGAGGACAGAUGCUCCCCACAGCUCAC